AUGACAAAGAAUAUUAUGUCACCGUCAACACCUCCUUCGCUGCCUAGAAUAUUCACAUUAGUAUUACUAGUUUUAAUCGGCGUCACAUCUACAGUAACGGCAUGGAGACCGUGCCCCGAAAUCAGUCCGUUACUCAAGUUUCCGUGUAGGUGUAAUCUCGAAACGCAACCGGCGAAUCCAGAAAACUUGGAGGUUAGCAUAGAUUGCGAUGGCGUCGUAUUCAAUGAAGAUGGUCCGCAAUUCCCGUAUGGGACGCCAGUUGUUAAUUACUUCCAACGGAAUAGUGGGCAGCAAAAGUUAACGUUGCAGUCGUUCAUUGCCGCUAAAGCGCCUCUCCGUUCUGUCGAUUACUCCCACAACUCAAUAAGAAUGAUUUCCGAGCGUGCCUUUAAAGGUGUCGAAAAAACGUUGACGGAACUCCGGUUAGCGGAUAAUCUCUUAGGCGAUUCAUUGAAUCCAAUUUUCUCUACGAUGGAACUUCAGGUCUUAAGUAAUUUGCAAGUUCUUGACUUGUCAGGAAAUAAAAUCAAAGGCGUUGAAGAAGGAAUUCUUAAGGGAUGUACAAAGCUGCGAGAAUUCUAUUUGGACAACAAUAAUUUAACCUCAGUACCUUCUAAUUCUCUAAAUGGACCAGAAGCUUUGAGAUCUCUUUCUUUGAGAAGUAAUAACAUUGCUGUACUGAAAACGAGUUCAUUUGAAUCCCAACCAAGUUUAAUGAAAAUUGAUUUGAGAAACAACAAGAUUAGCAGCAUUGAAGGCGGAGCUUUUUAUGGCUUGCAUGAAAUCUCGGAGAUAUAUUUGGGAGGAAAUCGUAUCGCAAAAAUGAAUAGCGAUGUCUUUCAAGGAGCAGGAGCUUUGAACAAACUAGACUUGAGCGAGAAUUUCAUUGAAGUUUUUCCAUCGUUAGUAUUAAGGGAGACGGAAAAUUUGAAGGUUUUGAAUGUUUCGUCAAAUAUGAUCAAGAAAGUUGACGCUUCAGACCUUUCUAACAUUAGAAGUCUACAAAUCCUGGAUAUUAGCAGAAAUGGCAUCAAUAGUAUCUCUCCAGGAACCUUCAGAGCUCAAAGAAGUUUGAAGUACUUGGAUUUGAGUCUCAAUUCUUUGAGAACUAUCGAAGACGAUGCCUUGGAAGGUCUUGACAACCUACAAACCCUCAUUAUUCGUGACAACAACAUCUUAUUGAUUCCUGGAUCAGCGCUUGGUCGUCUCCCAAAACUAUCAAAUCUGUAUCUCGACUUUAACCGCAUCGCCGCCUUGUCAUCUGACAUCUUAGGCUCCAUUGAAGCAGAAAGUGUCAAAUAUUUGUCACUUUCACGCAACAUAAUUCGUGAACUUCCUGCUGGUUGCUUCCGAAUGUUCAGUAACUUAAUUUAUUUGGAUUUGUCAUCAAAUUCGCUCGUUUUUGUCAGUGCUGAAAUGUUUACUGGACUCGAAAAUUCUCUCAUGGAACUUAAAUUGUCUGGCAAUAAGUUAUCCAAUAUUGGAAGUUUACCUUUCGGGCUUCGAAAUUUACGUCGCUUGGAUUUGAGCAGAAAUAAUUUGGCGGAACUUUCGAGAGAAGUCUUCAAUGGCUUGGAUUACUUGGUGUACUUGAACUUGUCUUCAAAUACUCAUUUGACACCAUUCCCAAUUGACUUGCUGAAACCAUUGACAAGAUUGCAAACUAUUGACUUGUCCAAUACUGGCAUUGAACGAUUGCCCAGCGAUCUUUUUGCUAACAUGGUUAAUAUGCGGAUAAUUAAGCUCGCUGACAAUGCAAUCCAAGAAAUUGAUGAUAACACAUUCUUCAACCUGAGAAACUUGACUGAAAUUGAUUUAUCUCACAAUCGGAUCAUGACCAUCAAACCAUCAGCUUUUGUCAAUGUAAUGAACAUCCGAAGACUUUACUUGAACGGAAAUCAAUUAAGCGCCUUUAAAGGGGAAAUUUUCAACACAGGCACCGGUUUGGAGAUUCUAGAUUUGUCGGAUAACAAGUUGAGUUACUUGUUCCCUUCAUCUUUUCGGAUUCAUCCACGUUUGAACAAACUUCUGGCUUCGAAUAACAAGUUUGCCUUCUUCCCCGCCGAAUUAAUUCAAAGCUUGCAAUAUUUGGAAGAAAUUAAUUUGUCCAAAAAUUUGCUUGUUACUGUGGAUGAACUUGAUUUCGCUCGUUUGCCACGAUUGACGAAACUGUUCCUUGCCCAUAACUUGCUUGAAUCUGUCAACGAAAUGGCUUUCCAUAACUCAACUCAACUUCAAAUCCUCGAUUUGAGUCAUAACAAGCUCGAACGUUUGGGCGAACGAACUUUCGAAGGUCUCAUGCGUCUUCAAAUGUUGAAUCUCGAAGGAAAUGAACUCGCAGAAUUGCCUGAAAGUAUUUUUGAAGCCCAUAAACUUCACAUGUUGGAACACAUUGAUUUGUCUCACAACAAAUUCGAGGUACCUCCAUUGCGACCAUUGACUCGCCAACAUUUGCACAUCAGCUCGAUUGAUUUGAGCAAUAAUUUGAUCAAAGAAGUGCCUUCUGAUAGUUCAGUUUUAAUCAAUGCCAAAACUUUGGAUUUGUCGUUUAAUCCUCUUUCGGAUAAUGCUAUUCAAAACAUCUUCGGGGAACCAAAAAUCGUUCGUCACUUGAGUUUAUCAGGAGUUAACAUCAAAAAUGUUCCAGUACUUGAAACCCCAUUCUUGCAAAGCCUGAAUUUGUCACAUAAUAAAAUAGAGGAUGUCAGAAAGGAAUCAUUCGCAAGAACUUCGUUGUUGGAAGCUCUCGACUUGAGUAGCAAUGAAAUGGUUAGCUUUAAGCAAUUGCAAGAAUCAUGGCCGCUUUUGACAUUUUUGAAAUAUCUUGACUUGUCUAAUAACUCUUUCGAGAUGAUCGCUCAAGGUGACUUGGAUAACUUAGAAAUUUUGGAUACCUUGAAGAUUCAUAAUUUGCCGGAAGUGACAAGGAUUGAAAAGAUGGCUUUCAAAAAUUUGCCUAAUUUGGUAAAGUUACAAGCUUCAAACUAUCCUCGUUUGGGAUAUUUGGAUGUUCAAGGAAUUUUACAAGAACUGCCGACACUUCAAUCGUUGGAUAUUGAAGUUAAAGACAGCGCAGUUGGUGCGGAUCAGAUUCAACCAGCAAACCAUCCAAGAUUGAAGGAACUUGCCAUCAGCGGUUAUCGUUUGAGGAGUAUUUCGUCAAGUAUGUUAGCUGGAUUGAAGAGUAAACAUUUGACAGUUGCUUUGAGAAAUACAUCUUUGACUUCAUUACCUCCUGCAAUCCUCUUCCCAGUUCCGAGAUCAUCCAAACUCGACUUGGAUAUCUCUGGAUCGAUGAUAACUGCUCUUACGCCUCAACUUUUGACUUCAUUCGAAGAUCGUCGAAACUCCUUCACACUAAAAGGCUUGAACUCCAAUCCUAUUCAUUGCGAUUGUAAUUCUCGAACUCUUCGAAGAUGGUUGCCACAUGCAAAACUUGAAGACUUAAAAUGCGUCACUCCCGAUAACUUGUACGGAAGACUUUUAAUCGAAAUUGGCGACGAUGAGUUAACUUGCGACCAAAAACAACAACAACGAACAAAACAACCAGCGACUCAACUUCAAACCAAACAACCUUCGCAACCACGUGUCACAAUUAAAACAUCAAAUUUCGAGCCUGACAUCAUCUUUUCGUCAUCCGCAUCGACCAAUCAACCGCCAAAACUCAAAACGAAACCGGCGCAAAUCAAGCAAGCGCAUAUUGGAAAUGACGAUACAGUUAUCAUCGCCAUCGUUGGCGGUGUUGUUGCCUUCAUUGCACUUCUCAUACUCGUUGUGUGCAUCGUGCGAUGUCGCUCCUCGAGUAGUCCGCCAAAUUACAUGCGCGGUCAUAUGCCCGUUAUUCCGCCAAAUAUUCCCCUCAGUCAGGGAAGUAUCAUUAAUGGGGGCGGACCACCCUCAACUGCCAUCUAUGCCGUACCACCAUAUGCGCAAAACUAUGCGACGCUUUCGCAUAAACAAGCACAACAGCAAAUGUCUGCGUCUCGCAUGCAACUGAAUUACGCGACAAUGAACAAUCGGUAUCCGCCGCAAACGCAGCCUUACAUAAUUUAUAAUUCGGACGAGAAAAAUUACAGUUAA